GUUUAAUUUAUGUGCAAUUGACUACGAAUUUCUUUAUAUGAACAUGUGCCUUUAGUAUUAUACGUAACGCCAUACGGAGUAGUUCCCAUCAAUCGAACUGAAAGCAAAGUCACUAUGUCACCAUGUAGCAGGCGCACAGUCUGCUGGCUUAUGCCACUGUUGCUGCUAGCAACGGCCAAGGCACAACUGAACGAGGAGCAACAGCAGGGAUUGCCGCAACCACAGGGGCAGCAACCACAACCCUAUCAGCCCAGCUACAACAAGGAUUACUCGCCGCGCUAUAAUCCUUUAUACACGGGCCAACCCCAUAAUCCCGACACUACCCAGUAUGAUAAUCCCUUGCUGGACUUUAAUAAUCAACAGAGUAAUCCAAAUUAUAAUACCAACUAUAAUAAUAACUAUGAUGCCAGCCGUCCAUAUGAUGCCAAUCGCCCAUAUGAUGGCAAUCGUCCGAUAAUAGGCGGUCCAGGUGGCAGCAUUAGCGGUCCGGGCAGUAUAAACAAUCUGGGCCCACAAUACGAUCCGUUCAAUCGCAAUAGCGUUCACAGCAAUGUAGGAGGAAUUGGCUAUAGGGAUAUGUUUACCGAUGAGGAUAACUUCUGCCCAGAGCAUUGGGUCUCAUUCCGGCAAACCUGCUAUCGCUUCAUACGCUCUCCCAAACGCAACUGGGCGGAGGCCAAAAAAAUAUGUAAGGCAUACACCGCUGAUCUAGUUAAUGUGGACAAUGUAGAGAAGCAUUCGUUCAUACUAAAACAUUUAAUACUGCAAAAUCAGCGUCAGAAUCGUUUCUUUAUCUCCGCGCAUCAAACGGGACCACAGAACUGGGUAAACGAAGAUAAUACACAGCUGCUGCAGCUGGAGGAUUCAUUUGCGUUCGAUGAGCAGCUGGCGUUGGAAAAUGAAGAUCUAAAUGAUAAUCGCUUUUUGGUGCAGAGCGAUCUUAAUCGCAACUUUAAUAAUCCCAAUCAGUACUAUAACACACAGCCAGGCACAACAAAUGUCAAUCAACGCAAUCAAAAUAAUUUACGUGGUUUCUUUGGUAACAAUCAGCCUUAUGGGGAUAAUGGUUAUUUGCGAAAUCGUGUAGUUUAUGCUUAUUCAAAAAAAAAAGAUCGCUGGUUAUUUAUGCCUGCCUAUGAGAUUGAAAUGAAUCUAUUCAUAUGCGAGUCCAAGGUACUCUAUAAUCCAGACAAUGUGAACAUCAAACUGGAUGACAAGCGCUCAUAUCAUUAUGGCUUGGAUAUACGUGACUUUGAGCGCAUACCACGUGGGCCAUAUUUCGUUAGACAACCCAAUGACACCAUUUACGAUGUAAACAAGAAUCGUUUGAUUAAUGAUAUUGCGCUUAGAUGCUUGGCAGGUGGUUAUCCCACGCCCACUUAUGAAUGGUAUCGUGAGGUUUAUGUAAAUGAUACUCUGGAGUAUCAUCGCAUUGAUCCAUUAACGCAGGAUCGUUAUACCAUAUCUGGAGGUAAUCUGAUUAUCUAUGAACCCAAGCAGGCGCUCGAUCAGGGAUCAUAUCAUUGCGUUGCUAAGAACAAAUUCGGCCGCAUACGUUCGGAGAGCGCUCAUUUAAACUUUGGCUUUAUUAUGGAGUUUAAUUUAAAGCGUUCUUCGGAGACCAGCGAAAUGAAUUGGGGCAAGUCCAUAUUUUGUGAUCCACCACAGCAUUAUCCAGGCGUCAAAUUCUAUUGGGCACGUGACUAUUUUCCAAAUUUUGUUGAGGAAGAUCAACGUGUUUUCGUCUCACACGAUGGUGCCUUGUACUUCUCGUUUAUUGAAACCGUAGAUCGGGCAAAUUACUCCUGCACCGCCCAAACACUUGUCUCUGAUACGGGUCGCAAUGGACCCUUCUUUGCAUUGCGUGUCACGCCCAAUAGCAACUACCAGUCGCUCAUCUUUGCCAACACUUUCCCCAAAGUGUUUCCCGAGGCACCUACAGCUGGUGAAGAGAUCCGCCUAGAGUGUAUGGCUUUUGGUUAUCCCAUACCCUCAUACAAUUGGACACGUAAUGGACAGCCGUUGCAGCGCAAUGCACACAUCACUAGCUAUGGACGCGUGUUGAUUAUUAAGAAUGCAACAACCAGUGACAAUGGGCAGUAUACCUGCAGCAUAAGCAAUCCCCGCAAAACGCUUGAGAAAUCCAUUUACAUCAACAUACAAAUGCGUCCGGAGUUUACCAUACCGCUUAAAGAUAUGAUAAAGGAUUAUAACAGCGAUGUUACGUUCAUUUGCGAGGCCUUUGCCAUACCCGAUGCAAACUACACUUGGUACAAGAAUGCUGAACGCCUUGAUCCGCUAACCAUAAAUCGUGAUCGCUAUGUUAUACAGGACAAUUUAUUGACAAUUAAGUUUUUGGAAAAGGAUAAGGACGAGGGCAUGUAUCAAUGCGGCGCCCAGAAUCAGCUGAAGACCUCCUUCUCCUCCGCGCAACUGCGCGUGCUCAAUAUGAAACCAUCGUUCAAGAAACAUCCGCUUGAAUCCGAAAUCUAUGCUAUUUACAAUGGCAACACGACCAUCGUGUGUGAUCCUGAAGCCGCACCACGUCCUAAGUUCCAAUGGAAAAAAGAUGGCCAACUGCUGGGUUCCGGUGGUCAUCGACGCAUUUUACCUAGCGGUACGCUGAUUAUUUCACCCACAUCCCGUGAUGAUGAAGGCAUGUAUUCCUGCAUUGCCUCCAAUCAGGCUGGCACAGACGAAUCGCAUGCGCGUGUUAUAGUCCUUCAGGAAAUACGCUUUAUACAGACGCCACCACAGCGUAUUGUUAGCCGUGAGCAUGAUCUGAUUUAUCUGCAUUGUGAAGCUGCUUUCGAUCCACUGCUGGAUAUUGCAUAUGUCUGGAAGCACAAUGGCGAAAUCCUGCGGAACAAUCAUGAUGGCACUGAGCGCAUUAUUAAAGAGUGGAAUAGCCUGACGGUGCGCAAUACCACAAUGCGCGAUGCUGGCGACUACGAAUGCGUUGUACAAUCCGCAGUGAAUGAGAUUAGCACCAAGACCAAUGUGGUAAUUGAGGGCGCACCUGGUGCACCUGGCGGUGUGCAGGUGAUUGAAGUAGGCAAGACAAAGGCUAUUAUUGAAUGGGUGGAUGGCACCAACAAUGGCCGUGCUAUACGCUAUUAUAACAUUUUGGGUCGCACCAACUGGAAUCGCACUUGGGUUAAUGUGUCGAUGCAUGUGCAAGCACGUGAAGUGGAUCGAUAUACAUCGCGACAGCAAGCUGAAGUUGUUAAUCUGACACCCUGGUCUUCGUAUGAAUUCAGCGUAACCGCUGUUAAUGAUUUGGGCAUUGGUGCCCCAUCAGCACCCUCGCCCAUCUACAGCACUUUUGAUGAUAAGCCUUAUAUUGCGCCACGAAAGGUUGGCGGUGGUGGUGGCAAGAUUGGUGACCUGACCAUUACCUGGGAGCCAUUACUGCCACAAGAGCAGAACAGCCAUGGCAUUCACUAUAAGGUAUUCUGGAAGCUUAAAGGUGCACUCGAUUGGGCCAGCGAAAUUAUCAAGAAUCAUGAAAAAGCAGGCGUGGCCGUGGUUAAUAUACCGCUCAACAACUAUUACACGGAGUAUGAAGUUAAGGUUCAAGCUAUUAACAGCAUUGGCAUGGGACCGGAGAGUGAAACGGUUGUUAUACAUUCCGCAGAAGAUAUGCCACAGGUGGCACCGCAGAGACCAGUUGCCAUUGCUUUCAAUUCCACCUGCUUUAAUAUUUCCUGGUCGCCCAUUGACAUGUCACGUGAAAAUAUACGCGGCAAGCUCAUAGGCCAUAGGUUGAAAUAUUGGAAGACCACGCACCAGGAAGAGGAUUCGGUGUUUUAUCUAUCGCGUACCACACGCCCAUGGGCUUUGAUUGUUGGCUUGCAGCCGGACACGUAUUACUUUGUUAAGGUUAUGGCUUACAAUGCGGCUGGAGAGGGUCCUGAGAGUGAACGUACCGAAGAACGCACAUAUCGUAAGGCGCCACAGAAACCACCGUCAUCAGUGCAUGUCUAUGGCAUUAAUCCGUCUACAGUACGUGUGGUAUGGCGUUAUGUUUCACCAGCGCAAGACGAGGAACCCAUCGAGGGCUACAAGGUGCGCAUUUGGGAAACGGAUCAGAAUAUGAUAACUGCCAACAAUACUAUAAUCCCAAUUGGACAGAAAUUGGAGUCUUAUAUUAAUAAUCUGACGCCUGGAAAAAGCUAUAACAUGCGUGUGCUAGCUUUCAGUAAUGGCGGCGAUGGCCGAAUGUCCAGUCCGACAAUGCGCUUCCAAAUGGGCAAGACGACACGAAAUACAGCGAACACAAGACAUCCGCACAAUAUAAAUACAGCAUUGAUUAUGAGUGUGCUGUUGUUUAUAACCACCUUUUUUUACACUAACAACUAGUAACGAACCUCAUCCAUUUCUGCAGCUUUCAAUUUAGAAAAGUAAGCAAGCAACCUUUCGGGAUUUGCAAAGCGCACAGCUUUACCGAACACUCACAAAACUUAAGAGUCUCGUUUAGAUUUAAAUAUCAGAAAACAUUCCGUCUAUAUUGAAUCAUAUGCUAUACAUUUUACACAGAUUUAAAAAAAAAAAGUGACCUUAUAUACACGUAAGUAGAGCAUAUGUAUUGAAAAGAAACAAAUCAGCAGGUAACGAUAUUUUUUGAACACCCAUAUAUAUCAUAUUAUGUAUUUUUUCUAUUGAAUUUAGCAACGAAAGAUAAUAUAAUUAGCAUAAGUAUAAAGCUGUCUAUGUAACGCCUUAUCAGUUUUUUAUCGUCCGUAACUAUUGUUUCUCCUUUUUUUAGUACAUAUAAAUGAAAAGUUUAUGUAA